UACCAAUUGAGCGUGAAAUUUGUUGAUCGUGUUAAAUUUCACUGUCACAUAACCAAGUUAAUUGUCUCCUCCACCCCGAGUCCUGCCAUUGCGAUGUGAGGAUCGACGUUUUGACGUGUGGUGCAAGUUGGGACUUGGUGUGGCCAUGAUGAGGUAGUUACUAUGGCAAUGUGAUUGACAGCUUUGAGGUGACCUGAUACCCUAUGGAAAAGAGGUGGAGCUCUGAUACUUACAAUGGCAAUACAGACAGUGCCUCAGACUUGGAAGCUCCCUGUGACUUUUACCCUGUGGUUGAAGUGGAUAGAGGGAUUCAGAGAGACGGGUCAGGUGUGCAACCACCGGGAAGUAUGGAGGGACACAGGAACCUUUCUAACAUAACCCCACAGAACGGUCAAGGCGUGAACUACCAUCAGAGCCAAAGUGCCACUGAAAACGAGUAUGUCAAUGCAAGUACGAUUAUAGAUCCCAUGCCUAGGAAGAAACCGGUUCUAUCCCUGGACACACUUCCGGAAAAUGCGUAUGUAAAUAUUGAUGCAUUCAAUGGCAGAAGACCUUGUUCCCUUGGCACAGACCAAUUAUCGUCUGUCAGGGUAAUGGACAGUUCUUCCAAUAGGCCAUCGAGUUCAGCUGGAUCUUCUUCCGGUCAAGGGCUUACGGACAAAUCAUCAAAGAUAGUUCUCAUAACAUCUCCAAAUAAUAACACUGAAACCAUUCCAUUCUCUACAACUUCUACUGGCAGCUCCAGAUCACAAGAUCUGGUUAUCUUAAAGGGCCCCAUUGUAGACUGUCCUACACCAUGUGAGUCAAAGAGUGCCUGGCAGUUCUAUCUGAAGUAUGGGACUGCUGAACAACAAAUGGAAUCUUCCGAAGAAACUCCCUCGCCAUCAUCUGAGGCCUCUCCCAAUGUUGUGCUUAGCGAAGGCAGCAUUGACUCUCUCUCAGAGGAAGAUGACGGCUUUGGUUCUACCCAGUACCUCGCCUUGAGGGACUCGGAUAAAGUCUGCAGUCCUCAAUCUCAAUCUGACUUCUUGCUCAAUGAUGCAUCUCAGAAAGAUGAAGCCAUGCUGAGUCCAUCCUCUGAAAUAUUGAACAGCAACAAGACUGGAUGUUUACGGGAUGUGUUGCCUGAUAGUGUUACCGAUGGAGAUUAUGGGACCUCUACCCCAGUACAAAAUUCAGGUGCUCCUGUAAGGCCUGAAGACACACAUGUCAAGCUAAACAAUCUUGCCAUGUCUCCUUAUGACACUUCGCGAUUGUCUGUGAGUUCUGUCAGUGCCCUCAAUGUGACGCCUUUUGCAAAUGUUGAUUUUGACAAUAUGGGUGACGUUUUUUCAGAUUCAAGCGCAUCUUCAACAGGGUCAAAUUCAUUAGCCCCCCAGGUCCUACCAUCAGGUCAUUCUGCUGGUAUAGACGACUUGUCCAGGAACACUGAGAUCAAGAACGCAGACCGAGAAGCACGUUUGAUUCAACAUGUAAAACCCCGGCUUCCACAAAAUUUUGAUCGGAAUCGGGGUAUGGUUAAAUCACGAAGCUCCCAGAAUUAUAAGUGUUCUUCCACUCCAGCAGAGCGCUUCGUAAGCCUGCAAGGCUUUUUAGACCCAGUGCAAGGAGCGUCUCCACAGAGACCACUUCAAAGUGCUCCUACAGUUUCUAAUCGUCCUCAGGCUUUACCGGUGUCUGCUGAUCGUUUUUGCUGCUGGCAGCAGUCAUCAGAGCCUCUUCAUACGUGCCGACGCACUAAACGACCAUUAAGCCUUCACGAACUUGAACAGCGGUCUAACUUUUUCCCAGGGGAAUCCAGCUCUGGUCACCUUGAAAGUGGAAGUCCGAGAUGUUCUUGUACCUCACGGCAAACGCAGACAGAAAACGGAAGACCGUACAUGCUAAGACAAAGUAAUAGCUUCUCCGCAAUGCCUGGAAGUAGCUCGUGGUGGGGUCGUAGACAAGAUGAUCAUCGCGAGGGCGUUAAAACAGGAAGUAAAGUGAACCUUGGUGUCUCAUCACUCCGCAGUGCCUAUCCUGUUGUAAGAAGACAACCCGGUCUGAGUUUCCCUACCUCUCAAACUGCAGAAAAUCUCCGGGUUGUAAAUGCCUUGGGAAGCAGCCAAAGCACGCCAAGUUUCGUGGGAUUGUGCCGCAUGAACUGUCCGUCGAAGAGGCGAGGCCAGUUCGAAUCGCCCAUGUCACGCGAAACAGGAUGGCGUUACACACGACCCGUUUCGGACUCUGGCCUUUUUAUUAAGCAUGCAAGGUUUGGGUCUUCCAGAACAAAAAACAAUGUGCCUGACUUUCUCAACCAGAUAUCUGAACGCAACCAAGCCUCUAUAGCAAAGCCUACUGCAGACGAUGUUGAAAGACGCAACCCUUCGAGUAACCGAGUGAAACGAUUUGCACGACGUUUGUCGGACCCUUCAUACUCUUUACCACAACCUCCAAGACGUAGUGCAAGUUUGAGCGGUAAGAUUCUCCUGAUCAGAUCUCUCAGUGAACCGCACAUGAAGAAUUGUUCACAGCCCGUUGCCCGUUGUGAUGAUCGGGUUAGUCAGUUGGCGAGCACUUUGAUGACUGAGCACCCAGCCAUCAUCUACGAAAACUUGCCUCGCACCACAGAGAAUAGGAUUGAGUUUGAAAACAUGCAGUGCAGACCAGCAGAAAGUUCAUCGGAAGCGCAGUCCGUCGCUUUAGCGACUUACGAAAAUGUUAAAGCUGCAAACACCAAAACCCGGGAAUCCACAGGCGAUGAACCCAUGAACCUAUCUGUGGACGAAGCUGUGACAGUUCCCAAGACUUCUUUUUCUGAUCGUACAGCAGAACGUUUUCAUGAGGAUUUUUACAACAGCUUUAGUUCAGAUUCUCUUGACAGUGAUUCCUCCUCGGAGGAUUGCAUCAUGGAGGAACGUCCAAAUCUCGGCAACUCUGACUCUUUCGAUUCGGAGACUGAGGAUGAGUCGGACUCAGGAGAUAACUACGCGGGUUCUAGCGAGGAUUCAAGCGAUACGAUCUCAAUGGACGAUCUGUUGACACGCCUUGGUGUUGUUACGGCGCAAGAUGGGGACGCCGACGAUGAAGACGGGUUCUUGGACAGCAGUGACGACGAAGAAGAAGAGGAGCUGCUGCUGCCAGUGACUGCGCCGAGCCGAAUGUGUGACCGUCCUCCUUCGCCAUAUCCCGGUCUCGGCGACUCAUCCGACGACGAACAUCCUCUGUCCAUUUCGACGUUGUUCGAAGUUCGCAGCCGAUCCACACGGGAAUCUGGCACGUUAGAAACGCCCGAUCAUCACAGGCGUCCGCCGCUACCAGUCCGAAGUAGAACGGAGCAGGAUUUCCUGGAAUUCGAAAUUCUCAACCUGGAAGAUUACGGUUUAGAGCACCCGCCUUCCUACACUGAUCUAUUUCCCGUCGGGAUGCCAGGCCUACCGGAAAUGCCGCCUUCGUAUGACGAUGCCGUUAGACCCAUAUCCGUUCACCAAGACCACUUCGACUAUGCAAGUUUUCAAGAUCAUAGAGUCAAUAACAGGUUGUCUUUACAGCUACCUUGGGGACCACCCGGAGAGGAGUACCUUUCCAAUCCUCCGCCCGCUUACGAUGACGCGGUCUUCAACGCUUCUGGGGGGAGAAGCCAUGACGAAUUGUCCUAUCAUUCUCCUUCUGAUUCGCCUGUUCGAAGAUCAAGGGGUAGGCGAAUUUUGAAUGGGCUGCGUAGGUUCGCGCGGAAAAUUUUUAAGUGAAUCUUGGUUCUUGGUAGGAAAUAUUUCCUGUGUCAAAACAUACAGUGCAGUUUUGAAGGAAGGAAAAUAACCAUCGACGCAACGAUUCCGAAUUCUUAAGAAAUCCAAUGAUUGCCAAAUAAUUCUACAUCGUCUGAUGUGACUAACGACAUAUUGUGUGCAUGGCAGUGUGUGUUAUGAACAAGCUACAAUGGUAUUGUACGAGUGAUAUGUGUCUUUAUUCCAACGUGUUUCGGAUCAUUUAAGACAUUCUUAUGGGGCGUUAACAUCAUCGAUCGGAAGAAGAGGCGUGUAGUACAUGGGGUAUAUGUUGACCAUCAGCACAUCAUAUCUUCAGGCUUUAUUAGGACGUCAACAUACGUGAGUUCCUUCAUAUUCCGCAACAUUACUCAUGUUUUGUAAUACUUACCACAGCAAAUGAUGCGCAGCUACUUUAACUCUACCAAAUCCUUUCUGCUGACUUCAUUCUUCAGCAAUAUGUACAUUGACUUUGAUCUUCACGAUAAAGGGCCUUUAUCUGCUGAGCUAGUUUAAUAGGAUAAAGAAUGACCCUGAUGCAGUGUGUGGAAAUGAAAAGAAAAAUAUUGGAGCAAUUCGUGAAUUCAACGGCAAUAAUUUCUGUGCAUGAGCAAUCGUCCCUGUCCACCCUAUGUGUUAUUGUCCACUUCUGUCGAUGGUGUUACUUAAACUUCCAAGUGUUUGUGUGUGACCGUUUGACAAUCUCAUCUUGUAAAUCUUUUCUUGCUGAUUAGUCUUUCAUAGAUGUUUAAUCUUUAGAUGAAAUCUCCUGGUUCAGGAUGCUGAUUCCGCUGUGCCGAAAAAUAACCGGUUAAAACCCACCAGAAACGUGUCUUUUCUCAAAACUGAUGUCUACACUUACCGUUUGGCUGUUGCUGAUCGCUGUUCAUGAAGUUGCCUAUAUAUCACCUCCUAUCAUAUUGGAUUCGUCGCCUUGCAACUGUUCACUGUAACUUUUCUUGCCAUCUUCAAACAAGCCAGAAGGAACCAUUGUGCCUACUUGGGUGUGAAGGUUUUUUUGUUGCUGUAGGGUAUAUACGAUGGUUUUGUUGCCUGUGGCGACAGAAAUUGACCAAAGGCCAAUUGAUCAGAAAACCGUUAUACAAAUCAAACCCUGUUUUAAAUUCAAAAUAAUGUUGUAUUUUCUGAUAGGUGUGAGAAUAGAUACUGUCAUAGAAACUCCAGCGAAAAUGGUCUAUUUGAACAUCAGAACAUGUCUGUCAUCUACAACAAUGUAGUUUGUAUUCAUAACGUAAUUUUUUCUGCCAUCAAUGAGAGAAAAAAAAUGCUCUUUCAGUUUUCUUAUCUCUGUGAUUUGAAAAAACAAAACAUACUAUGGGAGUUCUAAGGAAUAGCCCGCCUUCUUCCGAUAAAUGUAUACUUUCUUGAAGGACAGUGUUUCGGUGUAAGGAUUGGGCAAAAGUAACAGCUCUAUGUUAGACAACGUUAUCUGAUUUUGUUUUCAGUAAUGGUAAAGCUCUUACAUGUCACCAUAUGGUUUCUACCUCAUCCAUUAUGUUUGAGGCCCUACUUUUAGAAAUAAGGUUUGACUUUUUACCAAAGGUAUCGUCAUAUUAUCGCUGAAAUAUAGACUUCUUUUACGUUUACCUUUUCUAAUAAGGAUUGAUAGUUGAUAGCAAAAUAUAUGUUUUGGCAAGAUAGUGUCGGACUAGGUUUCAGUAUGGGGAGUUAAUUGAUUUUGCUAGUUUAUAUUCGUAUCUGUAUUAGGUCUCGUGUAUUGAUUACCAAUAGUAUGGUCAUUUUCAACAAGAUAUUCGGCCGUUUUUUGGUAGUUUCGAGAUGUUUCUUGGCUAAAUCUUCUCUUGCUGUGUUUUGGUAGAUAUCUUGUGCUUACUGUGCCCUUUUUUGUGUCAGUGUCUAAUCGUCAACGUCCUUGACAAAUCAUCGUACUUUAUGAUUACUGCUGCAGCCAAUCAAAGAAUUCCUGGCUUGAUUGUAAGGAGACUUGUACCUUGCCUAGAGGAAGAUAUUGUCAUCUUCUGAUGAAUUAGUGAGUUUCGAGUUCGUAUUCUUUUAUCACUGAAGGUAAAAGAAGUCCUCUUGUACCAUUUUACCUGUCAGAUAUGUUGGGCAGCUAUUUUAAAUAGUAUUUGUUAAAAAGUAGGUGUCUGAAAAAAGUUUCACAAAAAGUUACUUAGCCUAGACAAAUAUUGGACGAAAUUUAGUAGCUGUACGUUUGUAAAUUUAAGGGGUGCCUGGAGGAGUGUCAUCAACACAGAGAGAUAGAUGAUCCUUAAAUUAAUCGCAUCAAAUGUUGCCGGACAUUUUUGGAAUGUUUUUACCAUCAGAGAUGAGAGUUUGGUCUCAAAACUCCCGUACUGAAGAAGACUUCAGUUUGGGUGUUGUUUUGGUGAUGAUGCAAGCUCAAGAAUCAUUAUAUUGUUGACGUUGAGGAUAGUAACGAGGUAGUAACGAGGAUAGUAGAUCGUGGAACAAAGAGACGCAUUUCAGAGAGGUCAGACUGUGGGGAAUAAUCAAGUUGGGGUUUGGGCGGGACGUGAGGGCGGAUGAUUGUCAGGCGGUUGGAAGAAAUCAUGAUAUGUUUGUGUUUCUUGUAACUCUCGGUUAAUUUUUAUUCCCGAAAGCACAGUAGAUAAACUGUAUGUGUGUUUAAAGAUGAGGAGAUGAGGCAGAAAUCAUGUCUGUUGGGAAUUCCUUCGUUAAGAUUUCAGUUCAUCUGUAAUUAUGGACAUGAAAUUGUGAUUACGGAAUCGAUGCUAGCAUCGCAGGCUUAAAUGGUUGCUUGACAGAUAGUCACAGUAUAUGUUCUAUUUUGUGUGUCGAAGCUAAACACAAUUUGUAUUGUAUAAUUUGAUGUCAGCCUGCUGUAAUGGUUACGAUGGAGCGCUAACCUGCUGAAAUCCUGAAAUUGUAUAACUUUUCGUAAGUCUAACUGCUUAGGUUUUUAUUUGAGCUAAAUCUGUAACUUUGCAGAGGUAAUUUAUUCUGUGUAUAAGCAUUGAUGCUCUGUACUAUUGUCUUGGCCCUAUUGACUGGAAUGUCAAUUUUCGCUGCGGUUUCUUGUGGGAAGUCCCGUCCCACAAGGGCCUUACCCUUUAAUUCACUGUAAAUUUUGUCUCCAUACCUGAAUACCUGUUGAGCCUAGAUCUGUGUCUGGGCGGCUUGUGAAGGUCUGUGCCUGGCUGAAGUACUGUAUACGUCCCGAUGGAGCCUGAGUACCUGACGACACUAAGUCCUAAUGCCUUUAGGUAACCCGUGUUGAGUCUGCGUCUUAAGGGGCCGAUUUUUGUGCCCUUCGAAAUAAUGUAAACUGCUGUCGUAGAACCUGACGUUUUGCCUAAUCGAGUUGUAUUCGGGGUGGUAUCAACACAACAGUUGCAACGUUACGUCCAAUGCAGUAACUGUUUGUCUUGAAGGAAGUACAUUCACUGGCUUCGUCAACAAAGCGCCUGACACUGUGCCUAAUGAGAUCCAGAUAGCUUUAAUCAUUACUGAGAGCCCGUUCCUAUGUCUACAAUGAUAGCGAGUGAUGUGCUUGCCGUUUAACUGCAAAAGACAUGGGAAUCUGUCUAAAGCAUAAUCGUACUGUGAGUAACGCAGUUGGUUUUUGCCUUCGCGCGGAUUCCUAAGGGUAUAACAGUCCUUAGCUACUUGUGCCUACAUUCAGUGUAACACAAAGCUUAUGUGUGCCUUUUGUUGAACUCUAUGUUUAGUUAACUUGUAAGGAUUGUAAAGCAGUGGAAGGGUAUUUCCGGACAUUGACAGAGCUCCAAAACCUUCUGUCAAGAAGUAAGUGGUUUCAGCGUGUCGGCUGUCUUACAGCAUCUCGAAGUCGUCUAAUAUUGCCCUUAAACUGUGUGUUAAUUAUUUGUUCUGCGUUCUGAUGAGCUUAUUGGAGCAACUCUGCUGCACUCGCUGUUGGUCUCCUACUGUGUCACAUUCUGUGUACUUGUAUACCAUCCCUAUCCUUGUUAUGGUGCACCCCCCCCCCCCCCCCCCUACCCUUCUACACUCACACCUCAAGCCUCUGUAUUAACAUUUUCAGAGUGCGUCUGGACUUGAGUUUUUCCCUCCUAUUUUGAUCGCUGGUUUCGUGCAAAUGCUGUCAGCCAGUUUAACACCGUUUUCCAUGUCCUUUAUCGAUUAAGGAUUGAGAACUUAAAUUUCCCUUUGAACUGGGAUGCUCACGCAGUGACUUGGUGAAGUAUUUGAAUGUUAUAUUAGCGAACUGAAGAAAGCGCCGAAAAAAUGACGACUCUGGGUUCCAUGGCUGCAGCAGAGCCGUGUUCUCUGAGGGCUCAGUAUUCUCAUUAGAAGGUGUGUAAUCUUGAUGAUGUUGUUUUUCCGUUUCUCAUCGACAUUUUGAUACUGCCUCAGUUUCGGUAUGUUAUUGUUUGUCGAAAUGUAUUUAUCAUAGGUAGCUACUAGAACGUUCAUAGAAUUUUAUCUCAUGAAGCUUGAUGUGUUGAGCUGUCUGGGGUUUCUAAAUGCUUUUUUUUUUAAAAUAAUUCUAAUCCUGAUUUCUUUGCGUUUUUUUUGUUGAAAUUUUGAAGUUGUUAUUUUCACGCACAAGUUGACAGUCCCAAAUUGGGAAGCAUUGCAUUUUUAUGUUCCUUUCCUGCUGUCUCCCUUUUUUAGCCUGCAAUCCUACCACAUGAGAUUAUAUGACAUUAUCAUGAUGGACUGACGAGGGGGGAAAAAACAUGAAGUUGGAAAUCGAAUAUCGAGAUUGGAUUAUAAGUGACAGCUGAAUAGGACGUCUUUCGCGUUCAAUAUUUCCUUUUUUGCAAUGUCCAGUGGUGUUAACAGCAAUUGCCAAGUGACAGCCCUAGACAGCCCUGUACGCGCAGUACCACAUGAGUGGAAUAACGAUUACCGUAACUUGACAUCAGAGUGGCUUUAGAAAUGACACUCAAGUGCAGAUGGCUUUUUUCCGUGAGCGACGUGCCCGCCAACCAAGGCGUGAAAGGACCGCUCAAUGCGCCAGCAUUAGAUCUUGUUUAGAGCUUAAGCUUGAAGGAAUUCGUUCGUAAAUGGCCUAUUCCCAGAUUAGCUUCCGUUGUGCUCAAAAGCGGUACAAUGUUGUGUGAAAAUUUCCUUGGAGCGAAAAUUGUGUAUGGCAAGCUUCGUUAGCCUUACAGUUCCCAAGACUGCCAUGGGCAUCACAGCGACAUCCCGUCAAACCAAGGGCUAAAGCGCACUACAACUGGAGAAUACGCAUGGAGAAGUGUCCGCAUAAACGUAUGAAAAGCAGACUGUGUACAAGUUGACCCAGCGGUAGUUGUACAGGGCUCUCGUCACGACGUUCAAGUAGUAUUUCUAUACAGCUCUAGGCGUUUGGAGUUCUCUGUUGCCAUAAAAAAAACUAAUUGCAAGGUUCCAACAGAGGACUUAACUCCGAAGGCAGGCAUUGUCGUCUCCAGGGCCUUCAAGAACUUAGUUAAUUAUUUAGACCUUGUUUGCACACCACAUUUUAAUCUUAUGCAGUUUUGUUUAAGAAGUUCUUGGGUGUUGGGACAGGCCCAAGGUAUUAUCGUGAUAUGAUCGGAAAUACUGUUGAAACCGAUGUUGAAACCAAAACAAACAGCCCUUUGUCUUGUGUUUUUCAUUUUAUCUGAUGUGGCGGGUCAUAAGCGGCUCAGGUCAGGGCCAUGUCUGUCGCACAGAUGUGCUUUCAAGCCGUGCACUAUCAGUGUUAACCGUGGAUCUGGAUAAGGUACUCGUGUGAUAAUCUCGAAUUCGGCCAUUAUAAAUGACAUCUAGCAACCUGUGCGGUGUGACAGUUUUGUCUGCAUGUGGAUAUUGGGUAUCAGUAUGGCGAUCCGGAUCAUUUGUGACAAACGUUUAAUUUCCUCUGUGUUACACCGCCUGUCAUUCUCCAACAUUAGAGCUCGCUGGCUGUAUCCAGUCAUAGCCGUAGUUUAACUCAAACAUAUAUAACAUAAUUAUGACAGUGUAAUAGCUUGCAAGUGGUCACACGUGACCGUUGAGAUAUACGGCAUCUUGCCAUUUUACCUCAGUUAGGGUUUCAUUCGAACUGUUCAUGUAAAUGCCUUAACAGUAGCAAAUUACAAAACCCUCCCCGCUCCCCCACCCUUCCUAGUACCAUGGCUAUAAAUAGCUCUCCAACUUAAUACGAUUGAACCACAGCAUAGCGCUUCGUGCUAAUAGUCGGUUUUAUCUUGGUACCUAUGAUUUUAUAACUCCAAACUAUAACAGAGGCGCAAAAGUACGCGUUGACUCUGUGUAAAAUUUUCAUAUUCAGGCAUAAAACUUAAAUUUUCGAAUUUUGUGGCUCAAAACCCUGGCAGUUUAAGACCAUAAACACGGAAUUUUAUACAUUCCUAUAUAUAUACGCAUGGGGUUAUUAUGAUUAUAUUUUUUUAACUGUCAACACGUUCGAGCUCGUCAAAAAUGACAAAAAGUACUUAGCCUGUUCUCUAAAAGGGUUUGCAUUAAAUUUAAUUCUGGUAAGCGGACUGCCAGGGAGCUGCAUUUACUUCAGAUCUAGUAAACCAUGUAGGUGCCUGUAUAGGAAGAGGCCACUAGAUCUUACAUUAGUAAGAUUUGUAAAAGACAUAUGUGCUAUAUAUAUGAUCUAAGACUGGUGCCUUGGUCACAAUCACGGGUAUACUCACGUAAUGUAUUCUGAUUUAGUGUCCAUUACAACCGUAGCUUUUUUAAUACUUUUAAUGCACUUGUCGGGCUAAAGGUCUCAACUUGUCAGAAACUGUGUAAGUAGACUGUAUUGUUUAAUUUAUGAGUUUUAUGCAUUAUUGACAGUUCAAAUGCUUGGACAAUAAAGAUCAAGUAGCCACAGUCUGUAUACGAGGGGUAUGGAGCUCAGUCACAUUCUACAAGUUUACUAUCGAGCUCAGUUAGUCACAGUCUGUAUACGUGCAGUACAGAGCUCAAUUAGUCACAGUCUGUAUACGUGCAGUACAGAGCUCAAUUACUCACAGUCUGUAUAAGUGGACUCUAGGGCUUAAUUAGUCAGUGUGUGUACAGCUACGUGUAAACUGUAGAACUCAAUUCAUCUCGGUGUGUGUAAGUCACACCCUGUACAAGUGAAUAAUAGAGCUCAGUUAGUCAUUAUCUGUAUUACUGACGUAUCCCUACCCUUAAGCUCUAAGCGAUCAGCUAAAAGUAUCUUUCGUAUUCAGCAAAGCACUAUUUAUUUUGAGUCAUAAGUAACGCCUUGUACAGUACUUAGAAUUGUAACAUACAGUUUUUAGAUUACUAAGAUCAGAAUGGACUACUGUCAAGUUCUUAAAGGUGAUAUUGGAACUCUAUAUUACGUUUAUUGCUAAAUUUAUAUUUUGACAGUUCUAAAAUUGCCCUGUAGAAUCGAAUCCUUGUAACUCGAAGGCUUGUUGUUGUUUUUUUCUUAUUAUUAAACCACAUAUCUUGUAAAUUGUUGGUCACUUUUGCUCUUUGAGCAGUGUGCGUAUAUGUGUAAGAAACAAAGCCGACUCUCGGACUCGUACAGGAAGUGACGUCAUUCGUGAGAACUGCCCGGUUUGUGCGUGGUUUUUAACUGAUAAUGUGUUUCUUACGCCUUGUGUAUCAUGCGGUUGUUUAGAAUGUAAAAUUACUAUACUUAUUUUCUUUCAUCUCCUUAUUUAUGGAUUUUAGUGUGGUCUGCUGAUAGAUAGAACGACAAUCUAGACUGAAUUGAUGAGAAAAUGUGAUAUAAUAGAGCGCUAGAGUACGUAGGGUUGAUCAGUUGAUAAAACUCACCGUAUGGGCCGGUAGGUUUGACCCGCAGUAGACCUAAAGUUUUUGUACAGAAUCUGCAGUUGGCAAUAUAUUUUAUCCUGGGAAAUUCAGGCAGUGUUUAUUUUGGUUUAAUUAUCCGCUGUACUUGUAUAUAAUUCACCAAAUUUAAGUACAGUUCAACUGGGUCUAUACCUGAUAUAGAAGGUCACGGAAUUUUCCGUUUUCUUCGGUUUUUAUUUAAAGUGAAAUUACUGCUGUGUAUCAACUGCUUUCUUGCUGGUACAAUCAUAGAGGUGAUAAUUGGUAGAUUUUAACCACGUAAUUCUAAUACAACGAACAGCACGAAAACACAAACAGAUUAACCCACAAUGCAGCGUUGCCUCUGUACUUCCGGUCGGUUGUUCAACAUUGAACUCCGCUUCUCGUGGUGGUUUUUGAGUAGCUUAAUGAUUUUGACUUUUGUUUUACACUGUGAUAUUAUUGUAUACUUCAUGGCGAUUUAGUUGCUGUUGUGUAGUAUUAGUGUGAUUUCCCCCUUGUUAUCAUUUGUUAUAAGACGCGCUCUUGACUGACCAACUUCGUGUAGGAUCAGUUUAAUAAGUAUUUUGUGCGGAGGCCGAAAACAUGCAAAGCGUGUGUUAAAAGAUAGUUGAACAAAAGUUUGAAAAUUAUUUGAACCGUGGACACUCAAAUUUUAGAAAGCAGUGACCAAGGUUUUUGUCAAGUGGUAUAUGUGUUGAAAUAAGAGUGUAGACAUGUCUCCAUGAGGUAUGUAGUUUUGUUGGGGGGUUUUGUUGUUGUUGUUGUUGAUAUUUUUUUAAAUAUGUAACGGUACGACCGAAUUUGGUUUAGAUGAAGUGUUGUUAAUGAUUUCAGUAUUGUCCAUUCAACACAAAUGGAAAUAUUAAUAAUUGCACAAUUAUUUGUUUGAUUCGUCAAUAUUUUCAAUUUCAAAUCGUAAUUUUUUCCUAUCCAAUCAGGAUCAUUGAUUCACGAGUACAUCUACUCAGCUACUUCUUCUGAAAUCAGGUUUUUCUGACAGACCUUAUUAGAUGUUAUGGGCGAGGUUUUGAUCACUUACUUGACUGAGUUGAAGAUAAUUGAUUAAACGUAUCUCGAUCAAAGAUACAGUGGUUUUCCUUCAGAAUAUUUGCAUCAUGGAUUUGUGAAUGAUUGUUACUGGUCAUUUUAUGCCUGGAUAUGUUGUUCCAAUUCUCAUUUGAUCAAAGAAUGUUUCAUCUUUCAGUCAAGAAUUCUUGAUAUGCAUAUUUAUUAUUAUUAUUACAUUUGUAUUGUGUUGAUCAGUCAUUUAUAUCUAUCAUAACGUGAAAGUGUCCUUUUUACAUAAAAGUCUGUAGUUGACUAUAAAAUACUAACUUUUAUUACGAUUGUUAUUAUAUCGGGUGAAUUAAUUAUUAACACGCUGUUAAUUUUAUGCUUAGAAUUUAUUGUUUUUGUCCAGUGUAGAGUUGUCUCUAGAGGCGACUAUAUUUAUGGUAAGAAACAUUCAAAAUUGUCCCAAUCGUCAUCAGACACUCGAAGACCAGUGAAAACUAUACCGUAAUGUACCUUUCUGUUUUUUCCCCCCAAAAUACUAGUAAUGCAGUCAUACGUGUUGUGAAUGUUGUUGGGGGCUUUAGACGAUCCCGGCUGUGUUGCCUGUGCACAAUGACGUCACAUCUGACAGUGUCGAGCUUAACGGCGUCACUUCUGACAGUGUUGAGCACAUUGCCGUUACAUUUGGUACUGUUGAAAAUAUUGACGUUACAAUUGGCAGAGUGUAGACAGCAUUGACACUGCAUUUGGCAGUGUUGAGUCCAAUGAUGUUACAUCUAACAAUCUUGAACGCAGUAACGUAACAUCGGACAGUGGUGAACACAGUGACGUCAUAUGCAUAAACCCAUGACAAGAUUCACACAAGUCAUUGCAUAUAGUUUAGUGAAAAAAUGUUUGAAGGUAUUUUGCAUUGUAGUCUUUACUGGUCUUUCUUGGGAAGCUCGGCGUAAUUUGGAAUUAUCUUUUUCCAUUAAAUAGAAAGUAUGUCUGUUAUAGUUAAUUGUUAUUGUGUGUUUUUCUGAAACAGUGUUUUGCAUCAAUUACAAGCUAUUGCACCAAACGAUUUUUCAGCUUUGUAGAGUUAUAGGCGCUUGUUAUUUGGCUGAUUUGAGACUUUAUUUGUAGAAAACAAAAUCAUGUGUUGACUAAUCCCUGCUCUCUAACACGACGGUUUAUAUAGCAAUUAUAACACGAUUGAAAAAGUACAAAAUAAAUUAUUCUAGAAUCAUUAGAUUUUGUGCACUUCUUAUUUUUCUUGUUUGUCACGAAGGUCGUUUGAUGUUUCUUUUUCUUGUGGUAUUUUGUUUUUUUUUUUGUUCACUCAUCAUCCACAAUGUGUGGACAAAUGCAGAACACAGAAGGCCCCAA